UAAUUUGACGAAUAAAUGGCGAAUGAACUAGGAUAAUGAAUAUGCACAUCUUGUGUUCCUACUAAACAUUAUAUCAGGCAAUUGCCCCCCUUUCAGGGUAGGAUAAAGAAUAAUCACGCCCACUAAGCGUUCCCAAGUUAAGUAGGCAAACAUGUUCCCACUGCACCACCUCAGAGGACCCUAAAUUCAACCUAGCCGCAUAGUUGCUAUUAGCCAUUUCAUUCUCUCCAUUCAUUCGCGUUAUUUGAUCACGUAGCUGGCUACCAUUUGGCAUCAGUUCAAAUGUGUCGCUAGGUGCAUUUAAAUUUGGCGCGCCCUUGCUCUCGUUGGCCGACCCCUUUCUUUGGCGUCGCCAUGUUGGCUGUUUUUGCCGCCGCCGCCGCUGUCGUCGAUGAUAGUGCGACGAUCGUGGUACGCUGGCCAGCGCCAGCCAGUGCUGAUCGUUCGGUUUGUAUUGGAGCCUCUUUGCCUGUGCUGUGGUUUAUAUCAGUGUGUGCUGCGCCGCUGCUGCCACCACCGCCGCUACUGCUGCUGUGGCUGUUGCCGCCGCCGCUCUUGUAGUCCGUAGAACCCAACCAUCGAGUAGAGUCUAAUGACAGAUUAUACCGACGGACUCUGUGGUGUCGUCUUAGAGUGUCUCGGAGAGUACGGUCUUACUGGAAACCACUCCUUGGCUGCAUAAGAUUACAUUUUAGGCCUAGCUCACACCUUCAAGUAGUUUUUUUUAUCUAGACAAACAGGAUGGCCAAAAGUAAGGGUCAGCAAGGCAAUCAACAAGCUUCUCAGCUUGGCCAGAAGAAGAGUGGUUCGUCGUCAGGGAGCUCUCAGGGUGCUCGCCGACAAAGCGGGCCCAAAUCUUCCAAAGGAUGCUGUGGCUGUUUAUUCAGUCUAUUCCUCAAGCUUAUGACGUUGACGGCUGUUGCUGGAAUUCUCUACGUUGCCGUGUUUACCGCUUAUUCGUAUCAUAUGAAGCAGAGGAUGCCUACGUUGGAUGAAUUAAAAGAUUUCACUCGAGAGGCGUACUAUGUAGGCCAUAAAAAGGCAUUAAUAUACUACAGUAUAGCAGAGAAGCACACUAGCGUAUACUACGCCUACUUUGAAAAGCAUCAUCUACCCAUUAUUCAGCAGUAUUCCAAGGAAUAUACAAAACUGGCUUCAGAGAAAUUUGCCGACUUUAGGGUUGUUGUCAAUAAAUAUUUUGUCGCCGGUAAGAAACAGUUUUUGGAAUACUAUAAGUUGGCAUUGAAAAUGAUCGAGGACUACCAAUCUGGGGGCAAAUCGGAACCCAUUAUUGGUUCAGUGCCUCCAAGCAAACUGACAGCUACACCCGCUGCUCAAAGGCACGCCGCUCCGCCCACUCCUAAGGCUGCCCCUGCCACCGCCACGGCAGCAACCACGACGCCGAAACCCACCCAGGCCCCCCUAACGAGAACGCCUACGACGUCGACACCACCCACCAAGCCCAGAGAGGCUCCCAAACCUACUCCGGCUUCAGUCAAAAAAGCGUCGAGCAGCAGCGAGAAGAAAUCUGAACUUUAAGCGCGUUCCACAGCGCCUGCGGUUUUUUCUCCCCUCCACCAUCCUCCUGUCCAGCCACGUUUAUUAUCAUUCCUACUGUUAGCGGCCUAUGAAUCGAGUGCGUGUUGGGCGCGCCUAGAUCACAACUUUUUUGCUGUCUUUUUUGGACAAAACGGAUUAACACCUCUCUGUAAUUAUAAUCUAAUUAUCCAUACCAGUUCUGCAGCGUGCAAAACAGCAGCUGGAAAUGAGAACUGUUUAAACGAAAUGAUCAUGUAAUUUUUCAUAAUUAUAUAACGGUGAUCAUGCUAAUGAUGAAAUUAUGAAAUGUUAAGUUUACAUAGAUGAUUGCAGGAGAAAAAGGAAGAUAGGAAAAACAGUCUAAGAGUAAACAUUGAGCGGAGGAAAAACCCAAAAAUAAUUGAGAAUAUAGUGACAGGAAUAAUGGCUCAAUAUACGAAUGGCUCGAGCGAAUGUAACCACAUACGACGAUCGAAAUGAUGGGUCGUGUAAUUUUAAAUCAGUGUACGAUACGAUAAUUCUAGCCGCCGACGGCUAGAAAGUGGGUGGAUUAGAAGCAAUUAAAGGUGACAUCGCUCCACUGUACUCUUAAUUAUGUUAAUGAAUUAUGCAGCAAAGAUAAUACCUAGAAGGACUCGAUGAUUGGCAAAGCUCGUAACUACGCGAACUAAGAGCUGAAGUUUAGAGAAUAUGGAAGUAAGCGGUGGCAAUAUAUUAGAAUUCGAUCUGUUUUCAGCAGUAUUUCGUAGUCCAUAACCGAGUUAGAGAAAUCCAGAAACAAACCAGCUUACUAUACAAACAAAUUCCAAAACUUGGGCCUCUCGGUAUCACGACGUACUUUGCACGUUUAUAUCCAGAGAAAACGAAACUAGUCCCAGAAUUCGCUGAAUCAUUUAUUUCGAAUUAGGCGCAGAAGAUAUUGUCAGGCUUCGUUAAGAUAUGCGAGGACCGUGAGCGUCACACUCAUAUAGAGCUACUACCGCGGAAAGGACUAAGUGAGACAUGUAAACAAACAAUGUGGCCCGACCAGAUUGUUUUGAUUGGACUGAUAAAACGCAGGAAAAACAACAUACCGUUAUUGUAUUUCACACAGCACAAUCCUACGCGAUUGUAUAUUUGCAAAGGCUGUUUUUUUAGUAGUAUCACAAUUCGCCGUUUACACGAAUUUAAAUUAGGCGAUGCAAGCCAAAAGUCUAACUUCUAAUUUGAAAUUGUCACAGUGACAUGUUUGACUUAGCCGAAGGCUGCCAUCGUCAACUAAAGGCGUAUGCUGGCAAAAGUGGCUGACAGUACUUUUAUUCCAUACUCGUCACGAGGCCUGCUGUAACCGAUGUUUACGUUCUAAGUCGACAUUAGGCUAAUAGUUAGGUAGUUAACAGGUUUGUAUGUUGGUGUGCAGUUUUGUUGGUAAGAAUGAAUUCAUGCAGGUAGUGUAAUUUGCCUGAGGGUGAGCCCACUACUGCAAUCAUUGUACUCGAUUUUUUUAAACUUAAGAUACCGUAGUCAUAUAAUUAGAACAAUUGCAAUACCGGGUUAUUACUGUUCAACUAUUGUUAUGGGUGACAUACGUAAAUUGAAAUUUAUCAAUUUACACGGAAUUAUCUUCGUAGUGUGGUGUUUGGUUCGAUGUUGCUUACAGAUAAAUACAUGGAUUAUAAUACGGCACGUAAAAACGAGGAAAUCUCGAAAAAGCAAUGCUGAAAUGAUGCACCUAUUACAUACAGAAGAAAAAAAUACGGGAAGAUUGAAACAGAAAACAUCAAGAUGAAAAUGAGGGAAACAUGAUGGCUGAAAUUGCGCAUUUGUAAAUACACCGAGAAUGUGUAAAUAGCCAUUUAAAUAAAAAUACAAAGAGGAUAUAACAUCA